GGAUCGGUUCGGGUCUCGGCGUGGUGGGUUCGGGAAUGAUCCCGGUGGGAUCGGUUCGGGUCCCGGGUUGAUGGGUUCGGGAAUGGUCCCGGUGUGUGGCGAUGGGAUCGGUUCGGGUCCCGGGGUGGUGGGUUUCGGGAAUGGUCCCGGUGUGAUCGGUUCGGGUCCCGGGGAGGAGGGUUCGGGAAUGAUCCCGGUGUGAUCGGUUCGGGUCCCGGGAAGGGGGUUCGGGCAUGGUCCCGGUGUGCCCCCCACGCCGGUCCAUGCCGGUCCGUGCCGGUCCCGCAGGCAGCGGCCGGAGCGAGCCCCGCGCCGUGGUGGGGCGCGUCGGGGGCAGCGCGGUGCUGGGCUGCGGGCUCCUGGGCGCACACGAGGCGCGCCCGCCGCUCUACGUGAUCGAGUGGGUCCGCUUCGGCUUCGUCCUCCCCAUCUUCAUCAAGUUCGGGCUCUACUCGCCCCGCGUGGACCCCGAGUACGCGGGUCGGGUGCGGCUGGAGGAAGGAGCCUCGCUGCGCCUGGACCUGCUGCGAGCCGAGGACCAGGGCUGGUACGAGUGCCGGGUGCUCUUCCUCGACCGGCACAGCAGCGACGCCGACUUCCAGAACGGCACCUGGAUCCACCUCACCGUCAACGCACCCCCCACCUUCCUGGAGACCCCCCCUGCUUUCGUAGAGGUGCGGGACCAGGCUGCUCUGAGCCUCACCUGCAGGGCUGUUGGCAACCCCCAGCCCGUUGUCACCUGGAAGAGGAGUGACCUUCCCGUGCAGAGCGGGGACGCGGUGCAGGUGAGGAACGGGACGCUGAGCAUCGCCGCCGUGGAGCGCGCCAGCGCCGGCGCCUACACGUGCCACGCCUCCAGCAAGGAGGGCACCGUCACCCACACCACCCGUGUGCUGGUGCAGGGGCCGCCCAUCAUCGUGGUGCCACCCCAGAAUGUCACUGUCAACGUCUCCCAAGAUGCCUUUCUGGCGUGCCAGGCUGAGGCGUACCCAGGGAACCUCACCUACACCUGGUUCCAGGGCAGCAGCAACGUUUUCCACCUCAGCCACCUCCAGGCUCGGGUGCGUGUGCUGGUGGACGGGAGCCUCCUGCUGCAGCGAACAACUCCAGAUGAUGCUGGGAAAUACACCUGCACCGCCAGCAACGGGCUCUGGAAGCCGCCUUCUGCCUCAGCCUUCAUCACUGUGCUCUACCCAGCACAGGUGACCACCAUGCUCCCAGAGACUCACCUGCCCAAGGGCAUGCGGGGCGUGAUCCGCUGCCCCUGCAGAGCCAACCCCCCCCUGCUCUCCGUCACCUGGACCAGGGAUGGGCGCCCGCUGGAGCUGGACAAGCUGCCGGGCUGGUCCCUGCGUCCCGACGGCUCCAUCGUUAUCGCGACAGGGAACGACGACGCGCUGGGGCUGUACCGCUGCACGCCCUACAACAGCUACGGCACCGCCGGCGAGAGAUCGGAAGAGCGUCGUUGCCCCUCUGCCUUGCAGGACCCUCCUGCCUUCACGGUGCGGCCCAAGGAGGAAUAUUUCCAGGAGGUGGGCAGGGAGCUGGUGAUCCCCUGUGUGGCUCAGGGGGAUCCUCCCCCCACGGUCACCUGGGUGAAGGUGGGCAGCGUGGGGAAGAGCAGUGCCCAGGUGGAUGGGAACAGCAGCCUGGUCCUCCACCCCCUCAUCAAGGAGCAGCACGGAGUCUGGGAAUGCACGGCCACCAACCAGGUGGCCAGUGUCACCACUGCCACCUCUGUCCACGUGCUGGGUACCAGUCCCCACGCUGUCACCAACGUCUCCGUGCUCCCGCUGCUGCUGGCAGCCAACAUCUCCUGGGAGCCAGGCUUUGAUGGAGGCUACUUCCAGAGGUUCAGCGUCUGGUACACCCCACUGGUGAGGUUCCCACCGCGGGCACACCACGACUGGGUGUCGCUGUCGGUGCCAGCGGGGGCUCAGCACCUUCUGGUGGAGAACCUGCAGCCAGACACCAGUUACCAGUUCAGCGUCCUGGCCCAGAACAAGCUGGGCAGUGGCCCCUUCAGCCAGAUCGUCACCUCCGUGCCCAGGGGCUUCCCAGUGACCACAGUGCCUCCAGAGCCACCGGCCGCGACCGUGCCCAUCUUCCUGUCCCCACCCCGGGCUCUGAGGGCCAACGAGAGCGUGCGGGGGGUGGUGCUGGGCUGGGACCCCCCUGCCCGCGCCUCGGUGGCCCCGAGCGGCUACGCCCUGGAGCUGCGGCAGGUUGUGUUAGGGCUUUGGUGGUCACUGUGGCCUCGUGGCUUUGUGUCCCCACCCCAGGACGCCUUCUAUGAGUUCCGACUGGUGGCCUUUGCUGGCAGCUACAUCAGCGACCCCAGCAACACUGUGAACGUCUCCACGGCAGGUGAGGCUGGGGAUGGAAAUCAGAGGCGCGAGGCGUCCAAAUUCCCCAAAGAGAAUCCUCUUUCCUGCCGCCCCCACCCCCCGCCGGAGCUGCUGCCGCAGCCGGUGCUGGCCGGGCUCAUCGGGGGGAUCUGCUUCCUCAGCGUGGCCGUCAUCUUCAGCACCAUGGCCGCCUGCGUCAUGAGCCGGCGCCGCGCCGCGCGCGCCCGCAAGCGCCGCCGAGAUCCACCACUCGUCUUCUCCCCCAGCAAGAAGCUUCCACCUCCACAGUAAGUCACGCCACGCCAUUGCCACGCUCCCUCCCUGUCCUUCCACACCGUGCCACGCUCCC